CCAACCCUUUCUGUCCCAGUCGGGAUUCGAACCAGAAAUUCCCAAUUACGAGUCGAAGAAUGAACUCAACUGUGCCACCGAUAAGUUAUCGCAAAACUCCAGAAUAAUUUCCACCAUUCAAUUUCAUAGCCGUAAAGAGAUAUGGCUUACGUAGGACGUUUAAAUAUAUAAAUGUAUAGAUAGAUAUGUAUAUAUGUGAAUUCGGUGAGAGAGAGAGUGGGAGGGAAGGAGUGAGUACUAGUAGUGUUCAGGACCUGAGGGACGGUAGGGGUUUGUUCCGGAGAAACGCCUCAUUAUCCUCACUACCCCAGCUGCCUGGAUGAGGCCCUCACCACCUGUAUAUACCGGUAUAUACUUCAGGAACCGCCUGCAGGAGGGCCCAUAACACCUUCAGAUUACUGCCGGCCAGUAAAUACGUCAGGAGCCGCCUGAGGCAGACCUACACAACACCUAUCCCAUCCCAGACUCGUCGUCGACCCGCAAAUUAACAAUCUAUAUUACCUGGUGAUUGCCGUCAGGUGUUGUGUGAUAUAUACAGCAGGAGCCGCCUGUGGGAGGCCCAGUACACCUGCUGACUGCCGUCAGGAGACGAGGCUAGAGAGGCAGGCUCAUAACAUCUGACUGCCGUCAGGAGACGAGGCUAGAGAGGCAAGCUCAUAACAUCUGACUGCCGUCAGGAGCUGCCUGGGGGAGGCCACAGCUCCUGCCCUCAGAUGUGGCUCAUAAUAAACGAUACUGAGGAGUGAGGUGGCCAAGCAUAAGCAGGAUGCCAUCCUCACAAGUUUUUGCUGCCAACAACUGUGGCAGAGUGUUUAGCCUUUCGACUGAUCAGUCGUGGUGGCGUGAACUUCCCUACCUUGGGGUGGAGUUCAAGAGAGUGUCUGCACAUGAGACAGUGUUAUGGGCACUAGGGGGAGACCAUCAGGUGUACGUGUUUGUAUAUGGAUCCUCUGUGCCCAUACGAGUGUGUGAGGAAUCCUAUGAGAACCAGAGAUGGAACCCACUGGAAGGCUUCACCAGCGUACUGCUGCCAUCAGACCGAGCCAGCUUCUCGACCGCUGAUGGCCUCACUCCGCGGCCCAUGGACAAAAUCACUCUUCCAACUCUUGCAUGGUCGUGGGAGUCUCAAUGGCACAUUCACUACACUCACAAUGGGCAAGCCUUAGAUAAAGAGGGAUGGACAUAUGCAAUAGAUUUCCCGAGGACAUACACCACGGAGAAGAGGUGGAAUUCGUGUGUACGGCGGCGGAAGUGGAUUCGUUAUCGCCGCUAUGUGGCACUUGACACCUGGUCUGCCGUGCCACCUAUCCACCAAGAUCCAACUCAGGAACCAUUUAUUGACAUUGGUGUGGGUGGUGGCGAGGUGUCUGGCGAUGAUCCAGACAAGCUUAUGGUUUGGGGUGUGACAGCUCUCGGAAGAAUUAUGGUUCGUGAGGGAGUGGAUGGCACAUGCCCUGAAGGAUGUGGCUGGGGGCAUAUUCCAACACCACCGGACCAGGACGUGACAUCAGUGUCGAUUGGGCGUUCAGGACGAAUAUGGGCAGUGACAUGGGACGGAACUGCCAUUGUCAGGACAGGAGUUACUAGAGAUUGUCCGACAGGUGGUGGUGAUUGGGUUGUGGUUGAGCCACCAGAGGACAGUCGCUUGCAACAAGUCGCAGUUGGUGUUAAUUCAGUCUGGGCCAUAACAAGAGAUCACCGUGUGUGGUUUAGAAGGGGCCUCGAGGCCUCUCAGGACGUGACAACAGAUGGGGUAAAGCACGGUAAUGAAACCGGACAACAGAAUUUGGAUACUGGCACUUCAUGGCUGCUGAUGGUUGGCAAGUUGAACAUGGUGGCUGUUGGUCCUAAUGAUCAGGUGUGGGGCGUAAGUAACGAGGACCACACCAUUGUGCUACGAACAGGCGUGUCAGAAACAGAGCUUGCUGGACGAACCUGGCGAUCCAUCUGCCUUCCCAUUGGUGCAGUCGAAACCCCGCCUCCAAGUGUGAACCCCAGCCCAAGUUCAAGCCCACUUCCUCACCCCACUGUAAAAAUGCCCAGUAGCAUAACUAAUGACACUUUUACUGAAAGAGGAGCCAAAGGACAGGAGGACAGUCCUAAUUCCAUCACUAAAUCCAUUUUAGGAGCAGAAGGUGACAUUAACUUGGCUAGUGCAGAGAAAGUACUAAAUAAUCUUCAGUUUCAGGGAGCCCAGCCUGCAGGAACAAUCAAGGAAAGUAGCGAUAUAUUGGCUCUCGGAGAGAAUGAGAGAAGCCCUAUUCAGGAAGAACAUGGAAAAGAACAAGAAGCUGUUGUUCAGCAUGAAAGUAAUGACACGCUGCAUCACGAUGACAGUAGGGAGUCGAGCAUCAAAAUCCAGUACCCCGAAGACUAUCCCAGCUCUCUCAGCUCAUCAGUUGUGUCUGAUCAAGGUGGAGAUUUCAUCAGCAGCCUCCAAGCCAUCAAUAGUCGUGAUAUGCCCAAUGAUGCUCUGUUAGCAAGCCCAAAUAGUUCUCCUGAAAUAGAGAGUGAUAAUACAGCAAGCCAAGCUGAUGACAAGACGAACAUCAGGAAUCGAGAAGAUUUUCAUAUAAAAUGCCAAAGGGAUAACGCAGUGAGUGACACUAGGAGAAAAGAGGAUCAGGGACAUGUCUCGGCCUGUGUCCAGCAGCCGAACACACAUGCAAGCCUCGAGUGGAGCGAGUCACGCCUCCGCCAUGCUAGCAGCAGUAGUGCCGGCAGUGAAGCAAGUCUGAGUCGGGGAUCGCUUGUGGUCCCAAGAGAGGAAGGCCCAAACUACAAACUGCUUCCACUAGAAGCAGAACACCUGUGGUUGUGGGUGACUGGGGGAGGAUGCUGGAUACGAGCUAAUAACAUGCCAAAGUGGUUCAUGAGUGAAGGGUCCCCAGUGCUGUCUACAGAGCCCUGGAGAGUUAAUGUGUUGCAGAGUUUACGCAGUCGGUAUAACACCGAGAUCAAGCCUUUUACUGGUUAUGAGGAAGCAGUUGAAGGCUCAUCAUGGGUAAUAUCUGGCCAGUGCCGCUGGUGGGCAGGGGGACAGUGGGUGCCAGCAUCAUUAGAGCUCGUCAUGGUCGGCUCUCGCAGGUCACAAGUGCAGGAUGCCACGCUCAUUGUACGCUACUCUCUUGGAUCUCCACAUGUGGAAGAAAUUUCAUGCAGUACGAUUCUGACAAGUGUCAUGUGCGUGGAGUCUGCUGUGGGUCGGUCUCUUGUGGCAAUGUACCAUCCUGAUGAACCCCUGAGGCCAAAGACGCUCUGCUUCUCCACCGAGACAGAUGCCGAGGACUGGCUCAAUCAUAUCUCAACAGCUUGUAAUCAGUUUCGGGGCUUGACUGGCUCUCCGUCGUUUUACAUGGUGUGGGCUGUGACCUCGCAGGGAGAUGUCUUUCUACAUGACUGCUCUACUACUGAAGAAGAGUUGCGUGCAGAGUCGGUGGCAGCGCACCAGCAGUUGCCUGUAGGGACAGGAGCUACACCAAUAACCUUUCUCUUGAAUCGAGGAUUCCGACCUGGUUGUUUCAUCUCUGUCUCGGGCAAGAUUCACAGCAGUGCUGACCAGUUCCACAUUAAUCUCCAGACAUCAAGAGGGGUCGAUGCUAAUAUUGCACUCCACAUUAAUCCAAGAUUUUUUGAGAAGAACAGUGUGCUUAAUAGUAAGAAGAAGGGCAUCUGGGGUAGUGAAGUGAUCGAGGACCUGACAGGAUUGUCUCCCGGUGUUCACUGUGAAGUGUCGGUCGUCUGUGACGACAAUGACUUCAAGAUCUCCAUAAACGAUAAAUUUUGGUGUAGCUUCAAGCAUCGUUUUUCAUUUGCAAAAAUCACACACUUGGUGGUGAGAGGAGGCAUCACUGUUGACGCAGUGACCUAUAACCAUGGAGCUGGAGAGCGUCAGUUGAGUGAAUGGUACUGGCAAGGCCUGGGCGGACACUUGAAGUGUGUGGAGAGUGGAGCUGGUGGAGUAACCUGGGGCAUAUCUCAUGACUUCCAUGUUUACACCUACACGGGAGCUACAGGUGGAGGACUUUAUAAAACCAGUAGUAAUGACACAGGAGUGCAGAUUAUGAGCGAUGUGCGGCACAUGUACGUGUGGGAGAAUCAGCGCUGGAACCCGGUGACUGGCUUCACCCACCGAGGACUUCCUACUGACCGCCACACUUGGAGCGACCAGACAGGACGUCACCACCGUGCAAAGGAGACCAUCAGAUUGCAGUCCCGUCAUUGGUCUUGGACGAGCGAGUGGUGCGUGGACUAUCACACCCCAGGAGGAGUCGAUCGUGAAGGGUGGCAAUAUGCCACAGAUUUCCCCCUUAGUUACCAUGGCCACCGCUACGUGACAGACCUGGUGCGUCGCCGUCGCUGGGUGAGAAAGUGCCGAGUCUCGACGUCGGGUCCCUGGUCACAGAUGGAGAAGGUGGCACUUGUUCAUGUCUCAGUUUCUCCAGAGUAUGCUGAGGAUGGCACAAUACCAGUGUGGGGCGUGAGUGUCACGGGUGAAGUUGUGAUCCGCCAAGGUGUGACGGAAUCCAAACACGAGGGGGAGAAGUGGGUACUGGUACCAGCAGAGUGUCCCAUGUGCAGCGUGUGUGCUGGUGUGGACGGCUGUGGGGUGUGGGCUGUGAGCAAAGAUGGCCGAGCACAUCUGAGGCUUGGCAUAACGAAGAAGACUCCACAGGGUACAGACUGGGUCAACAUUGAUUCACCAGGACAGCCACUUGUAGAAGUUAGUGCUGGUGCUGGAACAGUGUGGGGCUUGGACCGAGACGGUUCUCUUUACCGUCGGACAAAUGUCCUACCCCUCUUCCCAGAAGGAACCAGCUGGGAGUGGGUAUGUGGAAAUAUCGCGAGUUUUAGUGUUGGUGCCGACGGAUCUCUGUGGGCAGUGUUGGACUCCUAUGUCACAGAAAAGGGAACAGUACAGGGAGUGAUUGCACGCAGACUUGGAAUAUCGCCAUCUUGUCCAUUAGGCACAAGCUGGGAAUACACAGUAGGUACUGGUUGGAGCUCCAUUUGUGCACGUGUCCCUCUUCCAUCGUGACAAUGGAGGUAAAAACAAUGUUUACUUUUGUACAUGUAAUGUUAAUAGAUUGUAAGUUUUUGAGAUUCCUUUAUACGAUGUUCAUACUAUUCAGUAUUUAACUGUUUAAACGUAACCCUUCGAGUAUUAUAUGGAUUUUAUUACAUACAUUAUCAUCCUAUUUCCCCACUUUGAUGUGAUAAAGAGGCAUCACACCAUAAAACAAGAAUUGGAGAAAGGUUGUAAAUUUUAUAAAAUAAAUGAAUCUCUUCUCCAUUCACGAUAUCAUUCACAUUACAUACCGUCGUAAAUAAACAAACUCCAGCAUACAAGAUAAAUUGUUCAUUAUGUGAUGCCUCAUAACAUCUAUAAUAGCUACCAUUGCUUCUAUAAGAAUCUCUUAAGAAGUAUAUGAUAAUGAAAACUAGAUUUUUAGUAAAACGAAUAAUUGGCAGCUUCUCUUCAUGCAUUGUCUGGGUAUGUGCUGGUCUUUAAAAGGUGCAGUCCAACACAACAACAUUUUGAGUAUAUCAUGUGAGACUUGAGUUGUGAAGAUCUCGAGGUAUACAUGUCAAAUACAGGUGAAUAUCAUGGUUGUUAUCCUACUAUAAUAAUUCUUCAUUGAUGCAGAAAAUAGGCCACAAUAAUGUGACUGAAAUAAAUAAAUCGAGUGAUUCGUAUGAAAUGAAAAUAAUGACAUUUCAGUUAGCUGGGGGCUCUUUAUCAAGGGUCAGAUUCACGAAGCAGUUACGCAAGUACUUACGAACGUGUACAUCUUUCCUCAAUCUUUGAUGGCUUUGGUUACAUUUAUUAAACAGUUUACAAGCAUGAAAA